GGCAUAUGAACACAACUGCGCGUGUAGUCUGUUAAAAAAAUUGUCGGAAAGUUAAUUUGUUUUGGAAUAUUCACAAUACUAAAAUGGGAAAAAAUCAACGUGGCUCCGAAAGCAGGGUAACUGAGGGGCAUAAUCCUGUAAAAAACACUAAUAAUGGUAACAUUGCUGUUGUAAUCAUCACCCUCUUGUCAAUGUACAUGAUACAUUCAAUGAAGCAAGAGUCAACAUGCCCAAAAGAGAAGAAACCACUCGUUUGUGUUUGGACAAUAGAGACCCACAAAGGAGAUUUGCAACACGUUUAUGACUCGUUUGAAAGACUCGGUCAUCAAACAACCGACGACAUCGAUUCAGACUGGGAUGUUUUCUGGACAAACGUCGAUCCAUUCUCCAAUGAAACUCUGGAUAUGAAAAUUAGGAAUCUCAAGCCUCACCAAAGAGUGAAUAAAAUGCCUGGAGUUAAUUUGUUUGUCACUCAGAAAAUGAUGUUAUCGGUCAUCGGCAGUGCUUAUAUUCCAAAAUCAUUUCGUUUUCCGCAGCAACAGGAAGAAUUCAAUCAAUACGCAAUGGAUAAUCCUGAUAAACUUUUUGUCGAAAAAAGCAUACACCACCACGGCGUUUCCAUAAAAUCAGUUGAUGAAGUUGGAAAGAAUCCAGAAGAGACGUUCGUUCAGGAAUACGUCUCCAACCCUUUACUCAUCGACGGGCGCAAAUUCGACAUUGGGGUCUACGUCGUCGUCACGUCCCUCGACCCUUUGAGAGUGUAUGCUCUUGACGGAGAUGUCGUUUUUCGAUUUUGUGCAAAGCCGUAUGAGCCAUUUAACUCGUCAAUUUUAGCGAAAUACGUGGUUGGAAGCGAUUAUUACCCAGUUUGGAGAGUACAAGAAAUUCAGCAGUACUUAGAGCUGUCCUACGAGUAUAAAGAAGCGUUUGAUACCCACAUUCGCUCCAUCGGAAGAGAACCAGGAAAUAUUUGGAAGCAGAUUAACUCGGCCAUUCAACACGUCUUCGUAGAGCGACUGCCGAAUUUGAUGAUUCCAAAAUACAAAAUGUAUAGGCAUAUCAAAAGGAGCUUUUUUGAAUUGAUGCGAUUCGACUUCCUUGUUGACACGGAUUUCAAAGUACAUUUAAUAGAGGUCAACAUGUCACCCAAUUUGUCGUCAAUGCAGUACUCACAUAAUAGCAUUCUCUAUGACCAAAUUCUGUUCAGCACUCUUUCGCUGACAGGAAUAUCUAGUUUCUUCAAUCCAUCAUUCCAAAGCGAGCGCAGGGCAAACGAAAUGAUGGUAGCGAAGAGAAACGUUAUGGUCUACCCUGAACUUUGCUUGAAAUGCGCGGACUGUGGUUUAAGUGAAUGUCAACUGUGUGAGCCUUGCUUGACGGAUGAACUGCUGGACGAAAUUAAAGCUGCUUACAGAGAGAAUAAAAAUCAAUACAGAUUUAAAAGAGUUUUCCCUCCGAGAAUGACUCAAGAGGAUGCAAAAUCAGGAAUUUCUUCUCGAUAUGAUAAUGUAAUAACUACCGAAACUCGCCAAAUGUAUCGUUGGUUCCAAGGCAAGUGUCUCCUGGACGCAUCUUUCUGCUAGA